AUGGUCUGCACCCAAACCGGCAGUAUCUCCAAGCCGCACCCGGAAGGUCGGAGGACGGCGCGUGCUCACGGCGCAUGCGCACCAGCCCGGGGCGUGGUGGGGGGAGGGGGGUGGGGGACGCCGCUGAGGGGCCUGGUGGCGGCGGCGGCCGUUCCUCGUCCUGACCGACGCCUGCGCCGCCUUGGCAGGGACCGCCACGAAGGAGGAAGACCACAUCCGAGCGGGACCCGCCGGCGGGGGGCUGCUCGUUACCAAGGCAACCGCUCCUUCUUGGCACCCCAAACACGGCAGAGGGGCCAGGGCCGUGGAAGCACCCAGAAGAGCGCCCUCCGGCCCCGCCUCGAGGCCCUUGGCGGGAAGAGGAGAAGACGAGCGGUGCCGGGACCGGACUGCAAUAACCAGAAGCACCUGGAACGUGAUGGGGCCCUCCGAGAAGCCCCUGCAGGGGUGGGGUGGGGAGGGGAGUCCACGGAGCGUGGCCCGGGCAGCACACGCGGCGGCUUCGCCCUUGCUGCCCCUGCUCGGUGGGGCGCCCCUUCUGGCUCUGGAACCGGUUCCCGGGACACGCAGGGAUGCUGUGGAGGACGCAAGGCCCGGGCGGGUGGGGGCUUGGAGGCCACCCUCUCUGGGGCCCGCCCCGCCCCUCCGCGGACACGCUCGGGCCGCGUGGAGCACGGGUGGAGCGCCACCGAAGAAGCCCGGGCCGCUCGCUGCUCGGGCAGCUCUCGCAGGCGGCAGCGUCGUGGCUCCGGCGCGGGAUGGCGCCCGUGGCCGCCCCGUCCCAGCGCCGAGGACGGACGGAGCCCGCCCUCCUCUUCGCCCGUCAGCCGUGCCGUGGCCUCCAAAGCCACCCAAGAAGGGGCCACCGCGGUGGUGAGGAAGACAGACCCAAGCGCCUGAUUCCCGUUCUGAGAACCUGGCCUGUGACCGGAAGAGGUCCCAACUGAGGUCCUGGCCUUGGCCCCCAUUUCUCCUCUGAGUCAAGACCGCCACGUGGGCUCUGCCCCCACCAUCCAGCGGCUUCUCUGUGGGGGUCUGUUUGCUGGAUCUGCUCCCUCCCCCACGCCCUUUGAGGCACCGCAUCGAAGGCUGCCAGUCACGUCGUC